AGAGUAACGUAUCCAUAUAGUAGUUCAUCACUUCUGUAGAUCAUAUUCAUCAGUUAAAACUUCUCUCUCUUUGUAUCUCUCCGGCUCUCCCACAAACCAUGAGUACCUUGUUGAUCUUUUUCCUCCUCCUCAUCCCAAUUCUUUUUCUCCUAACCAGGAGAAGAUACUCAAGAAAGCUCCCUCCAGGUUCACUUGGAAUACCGAUUAUAGGCCAAAGCCUUGGCCUUCUUCGAGCCAUGAGAGCAAACACUGCAGAACAAUGGCUUGAACAAAGGAUAAGAAAGUAUGGUCCCAUAUCAAAGCUAAGCCUCUUUGGAACACCAACAGUGUUCAUUUCUGGUCCGGCUGCAAACAGGUUCAUCUUCACCACUGAUGAGAGCACAAUUGCUAAUCAACAGACAAAGUCAUUGCGCAUGAUCUUAGGUGAUCGGUGUUUAUUGAUACUAACCGGUGAAGAUCACAAGCGAGUUAGAGGUGCCCUUGUCUCGUUCUUGAAACCAGAAUCUUUGAAGAAGUAUGUGGGCAAGAUUGAUGAAGAAGUCAAAAAGCACCUUGAGUUGCAUUGGCAUGGGAAAGAGCAAGUCACGGUGCUGCCCCUGAUGAAGAUUCUAACCUUCAACAUAAUAUGCUCUCUUUUAUUUGGAGUUGAGCAAGGAGCCCGGAGAGAUCAAUUUCUUAAUAGCUUUCAAGAACUUAUAGAAGGAGUGUGGUCAAUCCCAGUCAACUUGCCUUUCACACGCUACAAUCGCGGCCUGAGAGCAAGUCGAAGUGUCCAAAACAUGGUGAAAGAUCUUAUACGCGAGAAGAGGAUGAAACUUGAGCAAAAGAUUGCUUCUCCUCAUGAUGACCUUAUCACUUGCUUGCUCAGCAUCCGUGACCUGAACAAAGAGGAAGCAAUUACUGAAAAGGAGAUUGUGGAUAAUGUCAUGCUUGUUAUGAUUGCUGGUCAUGAUACUUCAUCUGUUUUAAUCACUUUCAUGAUGCGUCUUUUAGCUAAUGAUCCUACUGUUUUUGCAGCAGUACUCGAAGAACAAGAAGAGGUAGCAAAGAGCAAGCCCAUGGGAGAGUUACUUACAUGGGAAGAUCUUGCCAAGAUGAAGUACACGUGGAGAGUAGCAUUGGAAACUCUAAGGAAUGUUUCUCCGAUCUUUGGUGGCUUCAGGAAGGCUUUGAGAGAUAUCGAAUUUGGUGGUUUCCUUAUCCCUAAAGGGUGGCAGAUAUUCUGGGUUACCCACAUGACUCACAUGGACGAUAGCAUAUUCCCGGAUCCUUCAAAGUUUGAUCCUUACAGAUUCGAGAACCAAGCCUCGAUUCCUCCCUACUGCUACAUUCCAUUUGGAGGGGGCCCUCACAUAUGUCCAGGAUAUGAGUUUACAAGGAUCGAAACACUUGUUACAAUCCAUUAUCUGAUUACUCAAUUUUCAUGGAAGCUACUUGGUGCAGACACUUCUUUCAGUAGAGAUCCUAUGCCUAUACCAGCAAAAGGACUGCCUAUCCAAAUUGCACCAAAGCGGCUAUUAUAAGAAGGCACAAAAUAUAGGGUGGUAACAUCAAUUUCAAUCCUUGGUCACCUUGAAGCCAUGAUCCAAUGGUUGACACUAAGGGUAAUGUUAACCCCAAUAAGUUACCAAUUUCCUAUUAUGAUAAUCAAGUCCAGUGAUUAUGUAACUGCUAGUCUGUUGCGCUUGAUCUUCAGAAAGGAUAUCAAGACUGUUGUUGUAUGAGUUUCCAAAUUAUUAUGAAAUUAAGAGACAUUGUUCAGAGAAGUUUGGAGAGGUAGUAUAAGAUUCUUGGAGAAUGUCUUAAAUAAUGUUUGAUGUGAAUCAUUAUAAGGAUUCCUCAAUGACAAAUCAAUUAAAAUAGUCACUCAUGUACCAAUUACCAGGCUGCAAAUAACAUGUAGCUGUCAUGUUCCCUCGUUACUUGUUUUGGUUUUGA